GGAAUGAUACCAUUGGACUGGCCUUAUAAAUUCCUCCGCUGAAAGAAAUCUAAAUUGAAACCAUCCUUUCGACUCAGUCAUGCAGUCAGCUUGUCAGCUUCAUUCACCCUUGUUCUUUUGUGACAGUAACAGUAGUCGAAAUAUACAACUGCACAGAUGGAUGCAAACAAAAAUACCAAAUUCGAUUCAGCUCGUCAAGAAACUUAAAAUCACAAAGGGUAUCCCGUGUUAUAAAUUCAUCUUGCCCAGGGAAGAGACUAAAUUGGCUGCUGUUCCCAAUACAGACGAUGGCCACCUUUCCGUUUCUACUUUGGGAGAAGAAGCAAAUAACAAUAAUGCAUUCUUCGUCGAAGUAGACACUUGGUUUAGCAAAUGGUCGCCUCCUAGGUAUCUGUGGAGGGGGUUAUCAGUUCUUAUUCUAGCAGGACAGGUAAUUAUCCGGACAAUGAAGGGGAAACUCCACUGGAGGAAUACUCUGCAACAGUUGGAGAGAGUUGGUCCGAAAUCAGUUGGAGUUUGCCUCUUGACUUCUGCUUUUGUAGGCAUGGCUUUCACCAUUCAGUUUGUCAGAGAAUUUACCAGGUUGGGAUUGAAUAGGGCAGUUGGCGGGGUAUUGGCCUUAGCUUUCUCCAGGGAGCUCAGUCCUGUUGUAACAUCUAUUGUCGUCGCUGGACGCGUUGGAAGCGCAUUUGCUGCGGAGUUGGGGACUAUGCAGGUAUCUGAGCAAACUGACACCUUGAGAGUUCUUGGCACAAAUCCUGUGGAUUAUUUAGUCACUCCAAGGGUGAUUGCUUCUUGUGUUGCAUUACCAUUUCUGACAUUAAUGUGUUUCACGGUGGGGAUGGCAUCAAGUGCCCUCCUGGCUGAUAGCGUUUAUGGUGUUAGCAUUAAUAUUAUCUUGGACUCGGCGCAAAGAGCUCUUAGACCGUGGGAUAUCAUAAGUGCAAUGAUCAAGUCCCAGGUUUUUGGAGCAAUUAUAUCUAUCGUUAGCUGUGCUUGGGGAGUCACUACCAUGGGAGGGGCCAAGGGCGUGGGCGAGUCAACGACUUCUGCUGUGGUCAUCUCACUUGUCGGUAUAUUCAUUGCAGAUUUUGCACUCUCUUACUGUUUCUUUCAGGGAGCAGGGGAUUCAUUGAAGAAGUUGUGAGGUGGCAUACGUUGUACUUGGACAAGUACUAUGGUCAUAACCUUUAUAGUUCCUUGUCAUUUUCAUUUAAUUUGUAUAUUCCCGUCUACUUUUAGGAAUUUUGGAGUGUGAUUGUUGCUGUAUCCUGUUUAUCAAAAAUACAUUAUGCCUUUAAUCAUCUCAUAGAUUUCUAAGCUUUAAGGUAAGGGGGUGGAGGGUAAAAUACAAGAUUCGAUUUCUUUUUUCAA